CUCGCAGUUUUUUGUUGAAAAUUACGCAAAAGUUGUCACAUGUACAUCCAUUUCUUCUUCUUCUUCUUAUCGUAGGGAUAAAGUUUCAGGCUUUCAGAUAUCCGAGAGGGGGGAGUCCCCACAAUAGUAAGUUCCAAAAUGUGGGCAGUAGAACCCGUGUCAGCUCCAUGAUCCGAGUUGAAAAUGGUUUUUCGUUUAAUAGAGAACCCACAUGAUUAACCAUUAGUCUCUAUAUGAAAAACAUUUCCCAGUCGCCUAUAAAUGCCGUUUCCCACUCUUGUGCAUUUUAAAGAAACAAAAACAAUGAAGAGAGGGGCUGUGAUUGUGGUGGUGACGAUAAUAUGGAGUUUGGUAAUAAAGGGAGGGAGGGGGUUCACGUCUCAGGAUUACAGGGAUGCCCUGGAGAAGUCUAUCCUCUUCUUCGAGGGGCAGAGGUCUGGCAGGUUGCCCCCUGAUCAGCGCCUUUCUUGGAGGGGUCAUUCCGCUUUAUCCGAUGGCUCGUCCUACCAUGUGGAUCUAGUAGGAGGGUACUAUGAUGCAGGGGACAAUGUGAAGUUUGGACUGCCGAUGGCGUUCACGGUGACAAUGUUGGCAUGGAGCGUCAUUGAGUUUGGUGAAUCAAUGGGCGGACAGGUUGAGAAUGCGAGAGCCGCCAUCCGUUGGGGCUCCGACUAUCUUCUCAAGGCCUCUACUUCCACCCCCGACUCCUUGUACGUCCAAGUGGGAGACCCGAAUAUGGAGCACAGGUGCUGGGAGAGGCCAGAGGAUAUGGACACACCUCGGACAGUGUUCAAGAUCUCGACGCAGAACCCUGGCUCUGACGUGGCUGCUGAGACCGCUGCUGCUCUGGCUGCUUCCUCCAUUGUCUUCAAACAUUCGGACCCUUCCUACUCUUCUAAGCUUCUCACCGCCUCCAUCCAGGUGUUUGACUUUGCCGAUAGGCACAGAGGCUCUUACAGCAGCUCCCUUGGCUCGGCGGUCUGUCCCUUUUACUGCUCUUAUUCCGGAUAUCAGGAUGAGCUGCUGUGGGGAGCAGCAUGGGUCUACAGGGCCUCAAACAACAACUCCUACUCCAAGUACAUCGGAUCAAACGGGCAGCUGAUGGGAGCAAACGAUGACGACUACUCCUUCAGCUGGGAUGACAAGAGACCCGCCACCAAAGUUCUUCUCUCCAAGGACGUCUUAGAGACAAACACAGCAGAGUUUCAACUGUACAAAGCGCAUGCGGACAACUACAUAUGUUCCUUCAUCCCUGGAAGUUCUAGCUUCCAGAACCAAUACACACCGGGCGGUCUUCUCUACAAAGCAGGAGAAAGCAACCUCCAAUACGUCACGUCCUCCACUUUCCUCCUCCUCGCGUACGCCAAGUACCUCGGCGACAGAUCCAUCACUUGCGGCACUUCCACUGUCACAGCGUCCCAGAUCGUAGCUCAGGCCAGGAAGCAAGUUGACUACAUUCUAGGCCGUAAUCCCAUGAAAAUGUCUUACAUGGUUGGAUUCGGCGACCGAUAUCCGCAGCAUCUGCAUCAUCGAGCAUCUUCUGUCCCCUCCAUUCAUUCCCACCCUCUUCCCAUCGACUGCAACUCCGGGUUUCAGUACCUGUACUCCAACUCCCCUAACCCUAACCUCCUCGUCGGCGCCAUUGUUGGAGGUCCUGACAACAGUGACAGGUUCAACGACGAUCGCAGCAAUUAUCAGCAAUCUGAACCCGCCACUUACAUCAACGCUCCUUUUGUCGGCGUUCUCGCUUUCUUCUCCCACAACAAUCUUUCUGAUGUAAUCAACUUACCUUAAAGCUUCUGAAUCUUUAUGUGCUGAAACCAACCAUUCUUCGUACUCUACUCUGUAAUUUACAUAUUUCCAUGAAUCAAGAUAAUCAUAGAUGAUAUAUUAA